GCGAAGUGUUAUUUUGAAAGUGGCAACCGGAAAUUCUGUUUUUCUCGCGUAGCCAGCUCGUACAGAAAGCCAGAGGAAAGUAAAACGCUGUUUUCACCCCAAACUAUUUGGGCUUCACUGGAUGGUAAAAGUGGCGGAGGCUACGAAGUUUUACAGACUUUAAAGAGACAAAAACGUCUUUGAGAACAGCGAUGGCACUCACCGACGCUGACGUACAGAAACAGAUCAAGCACAUGAUGGCCUUCAUUGAGCAAGAGGCCAAUGAGAAGGUUGAGGAAAUUGAUGCAAAGGCAGAGGAAGAGUUCAACAUCGAGAAAGGUCGUCUGGUGCAGACCCAGCGGGUAAAAAUCAUGGAGUACUAUGAGAAGAAAGAAAAGCAGAUUGAACAGCAUAAAAAGAUCCAGAGAUCCAACAUGAUGAAUCAAGCCAGGCUGAAGGUGCUGAAGGCCCGGGAUGACAUGAUCACGGAUCUGUUAAAUGAGGCCCGUCUGAGACUUGCAGAGAUUGCUAAGGACCCUGCUAGGUACUCCAACCUGUUGGAGGGCCUAGUGCUUCAGGGAUUCUACCGACUGCUAGAGCCUAAGGUUACCAUUCGCUGCCGACCGCAGGAUGUUGAACUGGUUCGGGCUGCAGUCAAUAAGAACAUCCCUAUCUACAAAGAGGCAGUGAAGAGCAACAUAGCCGUCAAAAUCGACAAAGACCAUUUUCUUCCAGCUGACGUCUGUGGAGGAAUUGAAGUAUAUAAUGAGAAUGGGAAGAUCAAGGUUUCCAACACUUUGGAGAGCAGACUGGAACUUAUUGCACAACAGAUGAUCCCUGAAAUCAGAAUGAUGCUGUUUGGUGCCAACCCCAAUCGCAAAUUCUUGGAUUAACAGUGGAUAUGAAGAGAGCACUGUGGAGUAUUUAAGGUGACAACAGACUAUCAGCAUGAGGUGCAAAAGUCUAUAACCACCUGCUAUUAGUGCUGCUAAUGCUGAUGGACAAAAUAACAAUUUGACAAGUGCUCUUAUGCUGAAAUGUCCUCUAUUCAUCUUCUCUUGUCUAAAGGACUCAUUUAUGCUGUAGUGGCAUUACAGAUGUUUAUCUUCAGUUUCAGUUUGAGUAUACUGAGCAAGCUGCAUAUUUAAACCAAAGACACCGGCAUAUACUUUAUCUACAGAAAGCCAUACACGUGGCAAUAUAAUAAGCAUUGCUUUUGUAUGUAUGUGUGUACACAGAGGUGCCUAACAUUGUUC